CCUGUCCAGAGGAGACUUCAAAAAGCAAGUCUUCCAUUCAUUUUAUUCCAUCCUCGCUGUCUCCAUUGGAGGCGCCGGUUCGAUCCUUGACUGCUGCAGGGUGAGACAUCUGGGUGAAGGCUCGGCUCGGGAUUCAUCCCGGGUUCGAGUUCAAUGGGGGGCGAGGGUUUUUCCAUUCCACAGGGUUCCUGCGCAUUAGGGGUGUGCUACGCUUUCUAGCGGUGGUCGAGUAGUCGGCCUUUGGACAUAGCUCUGAAAAUGUGGGUUUACACGUAGAAAGCAGUUAGGAGUUCAAAAAAAAAAUUCCAUCCUGUAUGUGAAAGAUUAGACUGACCAAGUCUCGAAAAGCAUUCAAUUCGUUUUUCUUGUCCAGAGGAGACUUCAAAAAGCAAGUCUUCCAUUCAUUUAAUUCCAGCCUGUAUGUGGAAGAUUAGAGAGGUGGAGGCGGUGCGUGAUACACAAAAAAUAACGCGUGGAAAAAACAAUCUUUCCAUCGCCACUCAAAGUUCAACGCGUGAUAGUUUAACGUAAACCCGAUUCCGUGAUUUUUUUCACGGCGUGAUAGUUGUUAGUUGUGAGGGUAGUUGUUGGUUGGGGGAAAUUGUUGGGUGUGGUGGUGAGUGAUGACCACCGCCACAAAAAUUGUUGUGAGUGAUGGAAAAAUGGUUGCUGACAUGGCGGAACAUGAUUGAAUAUUGUGAGUGAUGGAAUUCUAUCACUAGUGACCACCCCCACUCCUCUUAGACUGACCAAGUCUCCAAAAGCAUUCAAUAUAAAUUACAGCAAAAUACCUUACUCACAGACAUACUUAAACACAAACCAUGGUACCUCAUCUUUUGCUUUCAAUCAUCUUACUUGCAACAUGUUCAGUUUACUGUACCAUUAAUGUUGCAGGUUCUUCAGACGAAGUUAAUGCUCUCCUAAAAUGGAAAGCAACCCUGCAUAGCCAAAGUUCCAACAUUCUUCUACCUUCAUGGACACAUGAUCUUAAUCUCAGUUUUUCUGCUCAAGAAACAGUGUCACCCUGCAACUGGUAUGGCGUUUCAUGUCAUGAAGAUGGCAGUAUAAAAACGUUAAACCUCUCUUCAUCUGGUUUAAACGGUACACUUGAUCAGUUGUCCUUCUCCUCCUUCCCGAAUCUUGAGUAUUUUGAACUUAGUCUAAACAACUUUUUUGGGAUCAUCCCUUCUGAAAUCCGUCACCUGUCAAACCUUCUUUAUCUUGAUCUGUCCUCUAAUCAGUUCACCGCGAUAAUCCCACCAGAACUUGGUGAACUGAGAAAUCUUUAUACCCUUCAUUUGUAUCAAAAUCAGUUAAAUGGUUCUAUUCCGCAAACCAUAUGUCAAAUGAAAUUCCUUUCUGGGCUUGCUUUGGAUAAUAAUAAUCUUCACGGUUCGAUUCCUACCUGUUUGGGUCAGUUAUCGAACUUGAGUUACUUAUAUCUGAAUCGUAAUAAUAUUUCCGGUUCAAUUCCUCAUGAACUGGGAAAUCUUUACAAUCUAACGGAUCUACAAAUGAAUAACAACUCAUUAACCGGAGUAAUCCCAGAAACUUUGGUUAAUCUGAAGAAUCUAAUCUUCUUAAUACUAUAUCAGAAUCAAUUAAAUGGACCAAUCCCCAGAGAAAUAGGUAAGAUGCAUUCACUAGAACAUGUGGAGCUACAAUUGAACAAUCUCAGUGGUCCAAUUCCUUCGUCUCUAGGUGAACUCAAAUCCCUUUAUCUUCUUCGUCUCCACUCGAACAAACUUUCUGGUCCCAUCCCGCAAGAAUUAGGAAACUUGACAUCCCUUUCCAAUCUGCAAUUAGGAAUCAAUCAACUCACUGGCUCCAUUCCAAGUUCAUUUGGUAACCUACAAACCUUAGAAGAACUGUCUCUUAACAAUAAUCAACUUUCUGGUCCUAUUCCACCGGAAUUCGGAAAGAUGAAAUGGGUUGCAAUUGAAAUGACCAACAAUAGUUUUUCUGGAAGUUUGCCUGAUGAAAUCUGCAACGGAAGGAAGCUUUUAUAUCUUUCCAUCGGGAAUAAUAAAUUAACAGGCCGAAUUCCAAAGAGCUUGUACAACUGCUCUAGCUUAAUCCGGGCCCGUUUCGAAGGGAACCAGAUUACAGGAGAUGUUUUCAAGAGCUUUGGUGUCUAUCCGGACCUCCGCUACAUCAAUCUCAAUGAUAACCAGAUUUACGGGAAAAUCUCAGACAACUGGAGUAAGUGCAGAAACUUAUACAGCAUACAAAUGGGAGGGAAUCGAAUCCAAGGUAACAUACCUCCUUCCCUGGGAAGCUUGAUUCAGUUGGGAAUUCUUAAUCUUUCCUUCAAUAGUUUGGUUGGAGAGAUACCCAAAGAAUUUGGAAGGAUGACUCGCAUGGAGAAGCUUUUAUUAAGCAAUAAUCGACUUUCUGGUGUCGUGCCACAAGAUCUAGGAUCACUAACUGAUCUCUUGAAUCUUGAUUUGUCCAUGAAUAAGUUGAAUGGCUCCAUUCCAUCUUCCCUUGGGCAAUGCCCACAACUCUUUUCCUUAAAUUUGAGCAACAACAGAUUUACUGGCGAAAUUCCUGUCCAAUUAGGUAGACUGGUUCACUUAUCAGUUCUUGAUUUGAGUCGUAAUUCACUCAUCAAAGAGAUACCUUCUGGGCUUUCCAGUAUGAGCAGCUUGGAAACUCUAAAUCUCUCUCACAACAAACUCUCAGGUUAUAUACCAGCGAGAUUGGAAUCAAUGAAUGGAUUAUUGAACAUUGAUAUUUCUUAUAAUCACUUACAAGGUCCCCUUCCCAAAAGCAAAGCGUUUUUAAAUCUUCCAUUCGAAGCGUUGCGAGGGAACGAAAAUUUGUGUGGAAAUAUUACUGGGUUAAAACAAUGUGCAUCACAAAGCCGUACUUCAAAUGGGAAACACAAACUUGCACUAGUGAUAUCCCUUCCACUUCUUGGAGCUCUUCUACUUGGCAGUCUAAUCGGAAUAUUCACCUUCUAUAGGUGGAGAUCGAACUAUCAUCCAUCGACACAACUUGUGAACAAACAUAAAGAUGGGAACAGUUUCUUUUCGAUUUCGACUUUUAAUGGAAGAAAGACAUUUGAAGAAAUUGUGUCCCAAACAGAGGAGUUUAACAAAGUGUAUUGCAUCGGAGUGGGAGGGUGUGGAAGUGUGUACAAAGUGAAGUUGUCAUCAGGCGAUGUAGUUGCUGUGAAGAGACUUCACUCGUCUUCAGAGGUGAUCAAUCACAAUGAUUUCCUCAACGAGAUUAGGGCGUUGACUAUAAUACGACAUAGAAACAUCGUCAGACUACUUGGCUACUGUUCGCAUUCUCAAAUCUCAUUUUUGGUUUAUGAGUAUCUCGAAGGAGGUAGUCUAGCUGAUAAAUUGAGCCAUGAAACUGCUCAAACUUUGGAUUGGAUGAAGAGGGUGAACAUUAUCAAAGGUGUUGCAUAUGCUUUAUCCUAUAUGCAUCAUGAUUGUUCGCCUCCUAUCAUUCAUCGUGACAUAUCAAGCAAAAAUAUACUACUUGAUUCAGAGUACGAAGCUUGUGUUUCGGAUUUUGGUACUUCCAAAAUUUUAAACCCGAACUCUUCGAAUUGGAGUAACAUUGCAGGAACGUUUGGAUACCUCGCACCAGAACUCGCUUACACGAUGAAGGUAACCGAGAAGUGUGAUGUUUAUAGCUUCGGGGUUCUAGUAUUAGAAAUCAUCAAAGGAGAGCAUCCCGGAGAUAUCAUUACUUCUCUAGAAACUACAUCAAUGGAAGACCUCAAUUUCACGGAUUUGAUGGAUCAUCGCCUUCUCUUUCCAAUCCCGGGAAUCAAAGAAGUUCUAACAUCAAUAUUGAUUUUAGCCAUUGAAUGUAUCAACUCGAACCCUGAAAUUAGACCUACAAUGCACCAGGUUUUGAAAAACAUUGCAGGUAUUAUUUGCGACAGCCGACAUGUAUAAGUGCGAUAUUGUCAUGUAGUACCAUCAAUUUUCAUAUUCGGUGUCCAUCUAUGGGGCUUACUUUUAGUUCGUCCGUUUCGGAGUUGCAUUUCUUGAUGAUAGUUAUAUAUAAGCUUAAGUUAUAAAAAAAAGUAUUGUGUCUUUUACUAAUUAGCUAAUAAUAACUGUGUUUUCUUCUGUUAUUUUCUAAAUAUUAAAAUUUUUAUGUUG